CGUUUAUUUUGCAUACUUUGAAAAUUGAACCCUUUUCUUCCUCUACCGAAUCCCACACUCUCUCUCUCUCUCUCUGAACGAUUCUCUUUCAUUAAAUUAGUCACACACACAGUCAAGGAAGACCCUUUUCUCUCUCCAUCUCUAUCUCUCUUCCGAAGCAAAAACCAUGCUUUCCCCAACUCCACUCUCUCUCAUUUGUGCUCUACUUCUUUGUUUACCCUUAGCUGUAGUCUUCACCAUAACUAGCCCCACCACUACUCCUACUGCAACCACCGCCAUCACCACAACCAUUCCCCGUACCCGUAAUCUUUCUAAAACUCAACAACAAGAAACUACUUUCUCAGCUGCCAAACGUCAUCAAAAGAUCGAUAUCAAAUCAAUCUCUCUCCCUCCACCAUCACGACCACACCUACCGCCACCUCCACCUCCACCUCCACCUCCGCCGCCCAAGGACGAUGAGUUGCUAUUCUCACUCGCUUCCCGAGUUAACUCGAGACCGCUGCCUCGUAAGUCGCCGAAGAAGUUGGCUUUUAUGUUCCUCACUACAACCCCACUCCCAUUCGCACCGCUUUGGGAGCUCUACUUUAACCAAACCCCAAAAACCCUUUACAACAUCUACAUCCACGCCGACCCGACCCAUCAGUACGACCCGCCGUUUUCCGGAGUGUUCGCUCGACGAGUCAUUCAUUCUAAACCUUCCGAAAGACUUACACCUUCACUUACCUUGGCGGCGCGUCGGCUGUUAGCUCACGCGCUUCUAGACGAUCCGUCGAAUGCCAUGUUCGCUCUGCUCUCACCCUCGUGCGUUCCGCUACACUCGUUCAACUUCACUUACCGGACUUUGAUCCGGUCCAAGAAAAGCUUCAUCGAGAUUCUUGAGCACGAACCGUGGAGCUACAUCAGGUGGGCUGCGCGUGGUCCGGAAGCAAUGCUGCCGGAAGUUAGAUUUGAGGAUUUUCGGAUCGGGUCACAGUUCUGGGUCUUGACACGUAAGCACGCGAGGCUAAUCGUCAGAGAUCGCAAGCUUUGGUCCAAAUUCAGCUUACCGUGCGUGACAUUAGACACGUGCUAUCCCGAAGAGAAUUACUUUCCUACCCUUCUUAACAUGCUUGACUACCGGGGGUGCGUACCUGCCACGCUCACGCACGUGGACUGGGCGGGCAGAUCCGACGGUCAUCCUCGCACGUACGAGGCAUCCGAAGUGGGACCCGAGUUAAUCCAGACGCUUAGAAGUGACUUGCCAAGGUACGGUGAUAUGGAAAUCAACGGCACAGAUUCUUCAGUAAGCAAAAGGUUUGACCACAGCCACAGGCGUGACCCCUUCUUGUUCGCCAGAAAAUUCUCUCCGGACGCCGCUGAACCACUGAUGAGUAUUGCACGUGACGUCAUUUUAAGGGUGUAGUAAAUAGUUUUGUGCAGAAAGGGCAUUAUUGUAAAUUCACGGAUAGAUUUAUAAAAUUAUAAACCGGGACAAUUCCCGGUUUUUUUUCCUUUUCUUUUUUUUUUUUUGGUUGGAUCGAGUUAAAAGUAAAAUUGUACGUACUACAAAAUGAGUCAACUCGCUAUGUUCUUAUCAGAAUUUGGACCUCUUUUCGAGUGGGUUUUUUUUUUUUUUUUGGUUGGAGGCGUAUAAACGUGUAGGGCUUAUUGGUCUGUGAGGUAAAUAAAUAAAUUAAAAAAAAGGGUGACAUUUAACCAUUUUGUUAAAGAA